GUCAGUAAGACGCAAGCACAAGAGGCUGAGGGGGUGAGGAGACAUGGGCUGGUUUCCCUGCUCUGGAAAGUCGGGGAAAAAAACGAAGAAGAAGAAGCCGCAACAGAAGCCAGAUGAUCAGAUCCAACCCACUUCAGAUAAACUGAAGGUAAGCCCCUCAUUGGAUCUGAAGAAGGAGCCUCCCAAGAUUGGAGGAUCUAAUCACAUUGCAGCACAGACGUUUCCAUUCCGUGAAUUGGCUGCAGCUACAAAGAAUUUCAGAGCGGAUUGUCUCUUGGGGGAGGGAGGUUUUGGUAGAGUUUAUAAAGGACGAUUGGAGAGUACUAACCAGGUUGUGGCUAUCAAGCAACUUGAUCGUAAUGGAUUGCAAGGAAACAGGGAAUUCCUUGUUGAGGUCUUGAUGUUGAGUUUACUUCACCAUCCUAACCUUGUUAAUUUGAUUGGGUACUGUGCUGAUGGAGAUCAGAGACUUCUCAUUUACGAGUACAUGCCAUUGGGAUCUUUGGAAGACCAUCUACAUGACCUCCCACCAGAUAAGAAACGACUUGACUGGAAUACAAGGAUGAAGAUAGCCGCUGGGGCAGCAAAGGGCUUGGAGUAUUUGCAUGAUAAGGCGAAUCCCCCUGUUAUAUACCGUGAUCUAAAAUGUUCAAAUAUAUUGCUUGCUGAGGGAUAUUAUCCCAAGCUGUCUGAUUUUGGCUUGGCCAAACUUGGGCCUGUUGGGGAUAAGACCCAUGUCUCCACUAGGGUGAUGGGCACAUAUGGAUAUUGUGCCCCAGAGUAUGCAAUGACAGGUCAACUUACACUGAAAUCUGAUGUUUAUAGCUUUGGAGUUGUUCUUUUGGAGAUCAUCACAGGCAGGAAAGCAAUUGACAAUUCAAAAGCUGCUGGAGAGCACAAUUUGGUUGCAUGGGCACGACCACUGUUCAAAGAUCGGAGGAAAUUCUCACAAAUGGCUGACCCUACACUCCAGGGCCAGUAUCCCAUGAGGGGUUUGUACCAAGCACUUGCUGUUGCUGCUAUGUGUGUUCAAGAACAGCCCACUAUGCGUCCUCUCAUAGCUGAUGUGGUUACUGCUCUGACUUACCUUGCUUCCCAAGCAUAUGACCAUGAAAGCCAACCAGUCCAAAGCUUCCGAAUGGCCCCACCUACUCCUCCUCGGACAAGAAGGGACAAUGACAGGAGACUUAAUGGUGGUGGUGGUGGUAGUGGGUCUGAGAGAGACCAAGCCAGAGGAUUUAACUAAGACUCAAACCACUGUAAGCAAGUUGAGUUUCCCUCCAUUGUUGGAUUGGAUUUCUGUGCAUUUCAGCUUCUACAAGACAUGGCUCCUGAAUUGGAAGUUAUCCAUCUGAUGUUUUUGUUUUGUGAUCAUUGAUCACAUGCAUCAGAGCUUUCACUGGUAUGCAUUUUUGUUGCACAUGUGGUGGUUCCUGCUUAUCAAAUUUUGUAUCUCCCCAGAUAACAGGUGCCUUUCCCACCCUUGUUCUGUCUGAUGCUACCAGGAAUUUGAGUUUUGUCUAAACACCCCCACCCACUUUUACCUCCCCAUUCGGUGUACAUGUGAGCUUGGGUCCUUGUAUCUAUGUGUUAAUCUAGACAUUCGUGUCUUCUAUAGUUUAAUUGAAUUUGAUUUUUACA